CCCCUGCCAUUGGGACAUGCUGGCUGUCACUCGAGAAAACCCACCAGAAUAUACUUUAUUGUAUUUGCGGCUCCGCUGUUGACCCGCCUUCUUCGCGUCCUGAUUGGCUGUUUUUAGUACAACUUGAAUUUACUGCUUUGCGAUUGGCUGAAAGAGCUUUCUGUUUUGGUCCCCUGCCAGCAGUCGUCUGGAAGGGGAGGGGAGCCGUCUGUCUUCCGCUUCUGGGCUGGAUUGACACACAAUGAGGAGCAGAGGCAGGGGAGACCCUCCACGAACACCGCUGUAAAUAAAUACAACAAUCACUGAGGCUACACAAACAUGGAGAACCAGUGCACAGUGCAGGUGAAGCUGGAGUUGGGCCAUAGAGCUCAGCUGAGAAAGAAAGUGACAUCAGAAGGCUUCACCCAUGACUGGAUGGUGUUUGUUCGAGGGCCUGAGACCGGCGCCAUUCAGCACUUUGUAGAUAAGGUCGUCUUCCGCCUUCACGAGAGCUUCCCCAAACCCAAGCGAGUAUGCAAGGAGCCUCCGUACAAAGUGGAGGAAUCGGGCUACGCAGGCUUCCUCAUGCCUAUUGAGGUUUACUUCAAGAACAGGGAGGAGCCUAAAAGGGUUUGUUUCAACUACGACCUGUUCCUUAACUUGGAAGGCAACCCGCCUGUUAACCACCUGCGCUGUGAGAAGCUCACCUUCAACAACCCCACCAAAGAAUUCAGGAAAAAGCUCAUCAAAGCUGGAGGGAUUUUAGUGGUCCCUGAGGGAGCGGAAGCUGUUUCCAGACCCAGUCCAGAUUACCCGAUGCUGCCCACCAUUCCCCUCUCUGCUUUCUCAGAUCCUAAGAAAACCAAGACCUCUCAUGUAUCAAAGGAACCCAGCAAAGAUGGAAGUGGGGGAAGUAGUAAAGCAGCCAAAUCACACAAACUGACCAAGGAGCACCGCGAGCGACCGCGAAAAGACUCUGAGAGCAAAGCCAUGUCAAAAGGAGACGACAGAGAUGGAAGCACCAAAAGCGGUCGCGAUCCUUCCUCUUCCUCAUCCUCGUCUUCAAAAAAGCCGUCGGAAAUCAAAGCGAAAGAUGACGUUAAGGUCCUGCCCAAGGCAGCUUUCAAGGAACCUAAGCUUACUCUGAAGGAGUCGAAAAUGGAGGGCAUGUCACCCAAAGGAGGGGGGGCGGGCAGUGGUGGGGGAGGAGGAGGAGGUGGCGGGUCAGUGGAGUGUAAAGCUCCAGGGAAACGGCCCUCCACUGUCGAGUCUCCCAAACCUAGCACUAAGAAGCAGAAGAAAGGCAGCUCAGAGGGGCCAAAAGGACCCUCCGGUGGGGCCUUCACAGGUACCUCUCCGCGCGUCUCCUCCUCAUCUGCACCCAGCCAGUCCUACUCCGAGAAGAAGCCUUCCAAGGAUAAAAGUCGCUGGGCCAAAAGCAAAAACGACUCGCAGGACCUGAAGGAAUCCAAGAAGCCUCCAGAUUCAGAGGAGUCAAACUCGGAAGACGAAGCAUCGUCAAAAUCAGAGUCGGCAGCUACAAGCCCCUCCAAUUCCAGCUCCAGCUCGGACUCCAGUUCAGACUCAGACUUUGAGCCAACACAAAAACAAGGACAAGGCACGUUGCGGUCCAUGGUGGAGCUAAUCCAAUCAGAGGAGUCGGAUGAUGAUGACAGCAGCUCAGAAGAAGAGACGCCCACCAAGACCAACCCAUCCAACUCUCGAGUCAGCAUGGACAGUGAGAGUGACAGCAGUGAUGACCGACCCAGUCGAGACCCUGCCCCGCCCCCACAGAAACACAGCUCCUCCAACAACAAGGUUGUCAGAAAGAGUCCUGACUCUUCAUUCCGCUCAGAGAAGGUGAUGAAGAAGGGAUACGACAAGGUAGGAGGGCAACAACAGCAGAAAAUGGCUGAAAGGGAGGCCGGCUGCUCGAGCACACACACUUGGGUCAAAAAGGCCUAUACAGAGGAGCUUGUGGACCUCCACCGCCGGCUGAUGGCGUUAAGGGAGCGAAAUGUCUUACAGCAGAUUGUGAACUUGAUUGAGGAAACGGGCCACUUCAACGUGACCAACACCACCUUUGACUUUGACCUUUUUUCACUGGAUGAGUCCACUGUUCGUAAACUACAGAGCUACCUGGAGGCGACGGCCACGUGACAGGAAGUGGAAGCCGGCGUGUGGAUGUCACGUGCAGAGGAAGCUGCUCCAUUACGUCGGCCCUUUCAGAAGGACACGAGCAGCCUCACAAGCCCGAACGAGGCGUCGAACAACUACCACACAAACACACAAACAAGAUUAAGCACACAACACCACCUUCAUGUGACGCUGAUGAGAAAACUGGAGGAGACGGAGGCGUGGGAGGCAACGCGGUCUUCUGUCUACAGGCAGGAUUUGACUCUCUUUAGUGUGUGGAGAGCUGAGGAAUUCACCCCACACCCCCCUCACUCUCCCUGCUGCACUCAUACUGCUCCCGCCUUUGCAAAACUAAUACUUCCCCUCCUCCUCCUCUUCUUCCUCCCUCCUCACAUGCACACUCCUUUCUUGGCAGAACACUCCAGUUCCCUCCCCCAGUUGUCAGCUGGAGCUAAUUUCUUUCUCAGCAUACUCUUUUAGUUGUGCGUUUAAGUUGGAUGUGUGUGGAUGUGUGUGUGAAAGAGAAGCUGCCUUUGUGACUUCUGACUUCUUUUUUGUUUUGGAAACUUGAGCAGAGACGGUUGUUUCUUCCAAAAAGACACACGCCAACCAAUACACAAUUUGGAAGCACUUUACUGUGUCAGCCACACACCCCGUUUAGUUCAGUGCACAAACUUUGGACAAAAGGCUUAGAGUACGUUUCUGCAUUGCCGUUAGCUGUUUUAUUUGUCAAUUUUCUGGCGGUUUCUUUAUGAAAUUUGACUAUUAUGGAGUUUUGAUAGAAGCUAGGUUUUCUCUGGUUUCCUGUAUUCAUGAGUGACCAAGCUAACUCAUGGUUACUUGGCUAGUUUUUUUUUUUUCUGAAGCAAAGGCUACUAGACUGGAACUUCUACUUUGUGGCCAUAAAACAGUUUACGGCAGGUUAACAAGAAAACCUGAACUCUCUGGAAAAUGUGUAAAAAAAAAAAAAAAAAAAAAAACCUGGUGACCUAUUGUCAAUAAUGACACCUAAAAAUCCUUUAGCCACAUUGAAAAAUGGAAUAUAAGUAGAACCAUAAAGCACAUCGGAUUAAUGCUUAAAUCGAAGUAGUUUGGGGGCAUACGUUGUGAUGAGCCAUUUGAAUCUGUUUUGUGCUUGGAAAAGGGAGACACAGAUACAUGUUUAGGUCCUGGUAAUUCCCACUAAAACACUGAGAUGUUUGCUGUAUGGAUGGAGUGAGAGUUUGCCGAGUUUUCUGUUGUCUAAACAUCUGAAAACACAUGCUCUUGUUGAGUUCUCCCCUUUCUGCUUCCUCGCACUGAAAACUGAGCCUUGACCUCUCACCAACACCCCCCUAAUUUAGCUCCCAUGAAAGGCCCUUCCUCCUUUAUUCCCUACACCGGCGUGCAUGAAAGGGCUCGACUGCUCGCGGCCAGAGCAGUGGAGGUUCCCUCCCGAUUUGCCUUCUCCGUGGUAAGGUGAAAAAAAAAAAAACCCGUGAAAAAGUAGCCAUACUUGUUUCCUAGAAUCCAAAAAAAAAUACAAGAAAAAAAAUUUGGGGGCCAUGCUUUUUUACAUUUUAUUUUUCUACAAGUGCUUUUCUGUGUAUUUAUUCCCAGAUUGCGGUUAAGAGAUCCUGUGAGCUAUGAAUGUAUACCGCUUUUACUUUUCUACGGCUAGCAACAGCCCCACUCUAGUGCCUUUGUCUGAGACUCCCAGUGUGAGGGGGGGCUACAUGGUCUGUUAGUCAUGCCCUCACAGAUUGAACCCCCCCCCCCCCCCCCUUUGGGGAAACAAGUGUUAAUUGGGAUGCCUGAAUAUCCAGUGUUGUCUUAAUGCCCCCCACCUCCACAUCUCUUCAGUGUCCUUGUAAGCUUUUUUUAUAAGUACUGAUAUCUCUUCAUCUUAUUUGCUAGAUGGCAGUUUUUAUCGACAGCAGUCCUGUUUUCUGUUUUGCUCUGAUUUCUUUUUCCUUUUUUUUUUUUCUCGAUAGAACAAGCAUCAGGUGACUGUGGUAGUUCUUUGACUUGAAGAGAUUCGUCCGCUGUGGGUUUUUUUCACGUUGUGUGUUUAGUGACAGUGUUAUUGAAAAGGGUCCGGGCUCCCUCUUCAAGCUGUCGGAUGCUUUCAGUGUAAUGCUGGAGUAUUUGAAACCAAAAUCUAUCUUAAAAAAACAAACAAAAAAAACAAAACAAAAAAAAGCAGUAAUGGACAAGUAGGCAUAAAAAGAAACGGAGCAAAACUUUAGUUCAAAGUGGUUCAGAAUCAAAAAGUUGGUUUGGACUAGUUAGUCAGAAGAUUGUCUCACAAACCUGGCUCCUCUUCAACAGUCAGUAUAGUUUAACAAUCCCUGAACACUAUACAUGUUUGCAUGCUGGUGAUGAGCAGCAAAACCAAAUACCGUUAUCUAAUUGUUUCAAACUUUAAAUGAUAUGCACUGUUUUUUUAACAUAUCUUUUACAUGUCUGCACUACAGUUUUUCUCCGCAGCUGUUUUCCUGCAGAUCCAACCCUAAUAACCCUAUAGACCUGCUCACACAUUCCUUGUUGGUGACAUUACAGGACAAGAGUCUGCAGCCCAGGAAAACAACAUUACUUGUUCAAAAUAAAUCAAAGUCUAAAUAAAAAUGACUAAAUAUUAAAUAAAUCAAUUCAUUUUGGCAACAUGGUUGCCUAAGUGGAUGCAUAGCGACUUAGAGUAAACAUUUUUUUAAAUAAACUUGACAAUCAAGAAGUUGAUAAAACAUUAAGAAUAAGUUCACACGCUUUGAAAACCACCCACCUGAUAAUUGGAAAAAAGCGGAAGUUACUACCUAGUCAUUUGUAAAUAUUAGGUUAGAUCCGGCAUUUAAAGGUUUUGAUGAAUAAUUAAAAGCGCAGAUGGAGGUUUUUGUACCAGAUUUAGCUGGUAUCGUUGGAAAUUUGCAGAAAAACAUGCUCUGAAGUAAAACCCGCCAGUCAUUUAGACACCUGACUGCCACGAUGAGCAUUUAGGUUUUUUUUUUUUUAACUGAAUCUAUUCUGCGCUGAAAAUUAUGAUUUUUGCUUUAAAAAUGAAGCUUUCCUUGUCAAUGAGCGCACAAGCUCCAAAGGUUAGCUUGUAAUGGUAAAUAAUCUGUAUAUUAUGAUGCUCAUACUUUUAGUCUUUCUUUUGUUUUUAGUUGUGUUAUUGUACAUUUUAAGUAUUCUUUUCUAGAUAUUUUCUCUAUUUUUUAACAGUUGACCUCCUUUUGUUCCUCUGCUUUGACACUUUUUUAUCUGGUUAGCUCUUUAGUCACAUGGCUAACUCCAACCAGGAGCCAGAUUUAUGAGACAACUUUAGCGUUUUGUUAAAGUUGUGAGAUCUCUAGUUGUAGCUGAGCUUGCUUCUUGAUUCUGCGCGACCUUCUUGCCUGCGUCAUGGAAAGGUUUCGCGCACGCAGAACGGCAUGUCACAGAGCCCCUCCCACACCCCUUCAUCCCCCAGUGGAUGGUGUUUUUGCCUCGAUAGCUUUAAUACUUUUGCUGUCUCCUCUUCUGUUGCCUGCCGAGCUCAGCCACACGAACACACUCCUGGCCGCAAAAAGCGCCUGAGCAUGGAAGUCUCAAUAGAAAGAAAUGGAAACCUGGAUCCACACCGCCUUAUGUCCCCUCGCCGUAUCCUCCCUCCUGCCCUCCCGUCUCCCCCACGCCACUUUGAUUUCCUCAAGGUGUGCCUUUGUCAACAGAACUUCGGGCCGCUACACUGAGAAUGCGCUGUGUGAGUGUGUGAGUGUGUUGGUCAGCGAUUAUAGGAGGGUACUGAUGAAGAACAACUUUUCCUCUCUAUCCUGUUCUCUGUGCAUCGAUGUGGGAACUUUUAAGUCCUAGUUCAUGAACUCUGACCCUUGACCAGGCACUCAUUCAGUCUCCGGCGGUGGCGGCGGCAAGGAGUGUUUUAUUUAUGGACCUCUGCACUUUUGGCUGUGAUGACUUCAGUACUUAUGUAGUUACCUAAACUGUAUUUUUAAGGAUUUUAUACAAUAUUUACAUGCAAUACAAUAUGAAUUGAGUCUCUCUCUUUUUCUUUUUUUUUUUUAAUUUGCCAGCCUUUUGUUUAGUUUUAUUUAAUUCUCUACGUGGGCAUGUGUUGUCAUUAUCCUUAAGCAAACAUGCCGGUUGGAUUUAUUUACAGCAUGAGAUGUUGUUAUUGGAGACGUUCUCCAUGUUUUCGUGUGUUCUGUUGACAGUCGAUCACCAAGAAAGAGCUGUAGAAAAAAGACCUGUGCUGGAUGAACUAAACUUUGUGUUACCCUCUGCUUUGAGUACAAAUAACUGGACCAGACGGGAGAUUUUCAAAGUUCAUACUUUGGUUCCGAGAACUAAAAGAAGAAUUGAAAAAAAAAACGACAACAAACUGUUUAUUUGGUUCAUUUGAGGUUUUUUAUAUAUUUUUUUGUACCUGUUCAUAGGAGUCUGUACUGAAACUGUCAUCACUUGAUUCUUUGUGUGUGUAUGUGUGCGUGUGUGUAUGGGAUAACUUAAGCCUGAAGAAACACAUCAUAGGAGAUAGAGUUACAAAGUGAGGGGAGCUGGUCUGGAGUUCAAACGCCAUAGAGGAGGCGUGUGAUUCCGCUUGGACAAGUCCUCUGACCAUAAUAUCUCAUUCAUGUACUCCACCAGAAUCCACAAAGCUGUAAAGGGGAAGAAAACCCUUAAAUGAUCGAAACUUUGAGUAAUUAGCGGUGAAUACAGCACUUGAUGUGCCUUGAUUCUUUUUUUUUUUUCUUUUUAAAUCCAUAUCACUGGUUACUUUGACCAAGCAAAGGAUCAUGGGUACUGUAGUAAUUGAGAGGUAUACAAACAUGGAAUUGAUUGGAAAAAAGCCAGAAGCUCCUUCACUUUUUGACUCUGCAGGGCCGUGGCAGUGAAACAUUUCAGCUGAGACUAUAAUUUCACAGUACAGGUGGAUUAUUUGUUGUGUGCAACCUUAUCGGACUACGAAGAGCAAACGGUUCCUCGCAAACGACUGGACCGGGGUGGGAGGGGCCUUGUGUUCUCUUGCCAGUGCUGUCAUGUCUCUGUGACAAUGGGGCAAGAUUGCUUGUAUUUAUAAAGGUUAAACUUUUUUUUUUUCCUCUGAGGGCUAAAACAUAAAAGGGGGUGGGGGGGUGAUCCAUGCCUGCGUUGAAAGCAACAAUGGGAAGAACAAAUGAACUGGAAGGCAAAAAGAACAGUUUGGUGUUUUUAAAAAGAAGAACUUGGCAUUGUGAUGCCACCAUGUGGCCAUAUGAUGCAAGUUGUUAACAAGGACAAAACCUGUUAUUUUAAUGUUAUUUUUUAUUUUCAAAUCAUAUUAUUAAUAAAGUCAUUAAGUACUGUU